CCAACCAUGCUGAUAAAACAAACUUGUACCAGAAUCCAUCAGCCAGUCUCAAUGAUACACUUGCAAGCCAAAAUGAUAAAUUCCUCUACCAAUUUCACGAAUUCACCUGAAAGUCUUAUGGAUUCCAUUGGAAGUCUCGUGGAUUCAUCUGUCGAUCUCUUCAAUUCUCCAGAAAGUCUCGUGAAUUCUUCAGAAAGUCUCGUGAAUUCCUCUUCAUGGUUCGGAAACACCAGUUCCGAGGUCGAAGAUGCAAGGAACUUGUCAUUGCAUGGAAAGAACCAGACAACUUACACCAUCAUUGGGACCCUGGUCAUCUCAUUAAAUAUCGUCGGUAUCAUUUUGUUCUGCAAAUCGAAGACGAUCUUCAAAAACCUGCAAGUAUACAUAGUCAGUUUGAUGGUCUGCGAUCUGCUCACGGGAUUUUCAUUCCUUCUGAGUCCUUUGGCCUUCCAGCUAUCUGAGUCCCGAGUCGUUUUGGAACAAACAUCUUCGAUUGUUCGCACAAUGCUUCUGCUGUCUCUUCUUCACACGGCUGGGCUAUCCAUUGAUCGGUUUAUAUCCGUCAGACUACCAAAUGUCUACAAUAUACGCGUCACCUCGAGAAUUAGUACGCUGGUCUGUCUUUGCAUCUGGACCGUUAUGAUCACGUACCACAUCUUGUUAAUCUCAUUCUCGACGAAUGCUCCAAUGUCUGGUCAGUUUGAUAUGAAAAGUUACGUCGUAUUUAUCUCCGUCUACAUAGUCUGUUUGUUGAUAUAUCUCACCUCCAGCAAAAGUAUCAUAUCUUGCGCCAGGGACCAUCUCAAACAUAUCAAAGCCAACGCUCCGCUCCAAGAACAGCAGAAAUCUAACACUUUCCGGUUGUCAAUCGUCAUAACAACAGCUUCUGGAUUCCUGUAUAUCCUGUAUCUCCCGGCCGAGAUUUAUGUAACUUUGACUUUCUUCGACCCUUUUGGAGAAAUGAAAGUCACCCGUUUUUUUAUGGCAAUAGCGUAUCCCCUGUUGACCAUAGAAAGUCUCUUGAACCCAUUGCUUUAUGUGCUCAGAUUCAAGGAAACUCGACAAAUGAUCAAACGUGUCUUUUGUCAAUCCAUUACUCUCUUUGAGGGCAACACCGGUAGUAAUACUUCUUCGACGGGUACACAUAAAGAGUCCAAGGAAUGUUCAUCGGACACAACGGAAAGAAAACCGGAACAAUGAGCUGCAGUCUUGUCCGACGAUAUCUGAAAUUUUAUUUUCUGGUAUUUUCAGAAUGGGAAUGAACCAUGUAUCAGCUUAAUUGGCAUUUUCUAGCACAACUACCCCUUUGUGGAUUGACCAACUUGCAUUUCAACUGGGCUUUUUUUCCUUUCGGCAUUAUAACUAAAACCUGUAUACUAGUAUACUGAACAUAAUCCAUAAUCUAUAUAAGUAUUAUGGAAAAGUGAAUGCUGCUAUCAAAAACUAUUAAUAUUCAUUUUUCUACACGUAUAUCAAUAGAUAGAGAUCAUUUAGUUCACUCAAGGCGUUUGAAACAAGUUACAAAUGACACUGGUUUCAAGUGAAAUACACAUGUAUGCACAAAUUACGUGGUUUUAGCUCAAAAUUCAGACAAAUCUUGUUGGUUUCAAAGAGCCGUGGUUGAGUGACCAGCAAUGAAAUAGACAGCCGAACUUAUUACAUGCAUUACAUACAUUACAAUGUGUACUAAAAUAAAAUGUUA